CCACUCGGGGAGCCAAGCCGCGUACACCACUGCUGCUGCGUGCCCGGCCGCUGCCAGCCUCCGACCAUUCCUCGCCGGGAGGGAUCGAUCGGUGACCGGUCAAACCCACCUACUCCCCCUUCACGCCUCCGUCCAUGGCUCAUCUCCUCCCCAUCUCCUCUAUAUAAACCCACCUACAUCACACCAUCGAACCAUCUCUCAUCACACCGACGCAGCGACAUUCUUCGCUUCACUGAAUCCUAUCCAUCAUCUUCAUCGCCAGCUUAAUUUCUCGAUCGAACAGUGCACUAGUACGCAGCACGUGGCAGCUAGCUAGCUAGCGUCAAUGGAGCUCGCGGCGGCUCUGCACGGCGCCGUGCUGGCCACGGCCACGCUGGCCCUCGCCACCUUCGUCUACUUCCUCCACGCGGCGUGGCUGUCGCCGUCGGCCACGCGACGCCGCCUCCGCUCGGUCGGCUUCGGCGGCCCGGCGCCGAAGUUCCCGCUCGGCAACCUCCCCGAGAUCGCGGCCUCGCUGGCUGAGAGCAACGGCACGUUACCGGCGGGGGCGGGGGUGACCAGCGACAUCCACGGCGCCGUCUUCCCCUACUUCGCGCGGUGGCGCGCAGCGUUCGGCAAGGUGUUCGUGUACUGGCUGGGCGCGGAGCCGUUCCUGUACGUGGCCGACCCGGAGUUCCUCAAGUCCGCCACCGCCGGCGCCAUGGGCCGGCUCUGGGGCAAGCCCGACGUGUUCCGCCGCGACCGCAUGCCCAUGUUCGGCCGCGGGCUCGUCAUGGCCGAGGGCGACGACUGGGCCCGCCACCGCCACAUCAUCGCGCCCGCCUUCUCCGCCACCAACCUCAACGACAUGAUCGGCAUCAUGGAGGAGACGACGGCGAAGAUGCUGGGGGACUGGAGCCAGGCGGUGGCGGCGGCUGGCCGGAGCGCGGGGGCAGUCGUAGAUGUGGAGCGGGGCGUGGUGAGGAACGCGGCGGAGAUCAUCGCCAGAGCCAGCUUCGGCAUCGGCGACGAGGGCGGUGCGAAGGUGUUCGAGAAGCUGCAGGCCAUGCAGACGAUGCUGUUCCGCUCCAACCGCCUCGUCGGCGUGCCGCUGGCCAGGCUGCUCCACCUCCGCAAGACCUACGACGCGUGGAAGCUCGGCCGCGAGAUCGACGCGCUGCUGCUCGACAUCAUCGACUCUCGCCGCGGCCGCCAACACGAUGCCGGCGGUCAGGAGAAGAAGAACACGGACCUGCUCUCGCUGCUGCUGGCCGGGAACGACGAGGCGGGGGAAGCAGGGAAGAAGAGGCUGAUGACGAGCCGAGAGCUGGUGGACGAGUGCAAGACCUUCUUCUUCGGCGGGCACGAGACGACGGCGCUGGCCGUGUCAUGGACGCUGCUCAUGCUCGCGGCGCACCCGGAGUGGCAGCGCGCGCUCCGGGACGAGCUCCGCGAGGUCACCGCCGACGGCCCCCUCGAUGCCGCCGCGCUCUCCAAGCUCACCAAGAUGGGGUGGGUCCUCAGCGAGGUGCUCCGCCUCUACCCGCCGUCCCCCAACGUGCAGCGGCAGGCCCUGCAGGACGUCGCCGUCGACGGCGCCGGCACGACCAUCCCGCGGGGCACCAACAUGUGGGUGGACGUGGUGGCCAUGCACCACGACGAGGCGCUGUGGGGCCCCGACGCGAACGAGUUCCGGCCGGAGCGGUUCGCGGCGGGCGCGCAGGGCGGUUGCCGGCACCGCAUGGGGUACCUGCCGUUCGGGUUCGGCGGCCGGAUCUGCGUGGGAAGGAACCUGACGGGGAUGGAGUACCGGGUGGUGGUGGCCAUGGUGCUGCGGCGGUUCGAGCUGGCCGUGGCGCCUGAGUACCGGCACGCGCCGCGUGUCAUGCUCUCGCUCCGGCCGUCCGACGGCGUCCAGCUCCUCCUCGCGCCGCUGCACCAACACACCAAAUAGAUGGCCAGCUGGCUUGCACGUGAGCAAGUCCCGGGGGCCGGGGCAUGAUGAUUAUAUAAACAUAGUGAGUAAAUCAAUUGUAGACAAGCAACAUAUACAAGUGCUCAACGGAAUAUAUGGAACACUCCAUUGCAAAAUACUUCACAUAUUACUUGUUUCAUUAUCAUAGUUUAAACUUUAUGAAGUUUGUAAUUUUGUAAAAAACUUAUUCAAAACAAAACAAA